AACAUUUCGCUGGCCGUGCCUUCGGCAGCUGUGGAGAAAGUUUCCAUGCUGAUACAUUUAAAUAGAAAUCUUGUCAUACGGCUUGUCGCAUAGCCCCAGUGGCCUAAUGGAUAAGGCACUGGCCUCCUAAGCCAGGGAUUGUGGGUUCGAGUCCCAUCUGGGGUGAUCCGUUUUCGUUUUAAGACGAAGAUUUCAAUUCGGACCAAGAGAAUAUCACGUAACAAUGUUCAUAACAAAUCGGUCUGUUCUUCUCAAAGCCAUAGAGAAUUUCAACAGCUAGCAACCAACUAGCCUAUCAACAAAACCGUUGUUGGAGAAUAAUUGGAGAUAAUGUAGGCUAUAGCGCAGCGGAGGGGUCUUGUUUCGUCCUGAAGGGAUUUACGAAAUAUACGCGGAUUGCCAGCCAAUUGAAUCAAUGAAGGUUGCAGAUCCUCCAAUCAUCUCACAGCCACAAAUCCUACUCAUACGCCCUCAGUCUAACUUCUCGACCUGGAUAUUUACGGAUCAUGGCCACUAUUUGAUAUUGUUGGGUUAUAACAGUCUCUUUAGUUUUCUUAGACGCUAUACUUCUGAAUAAAUAAAACUGACAGCAUGUGGGCUUUACGUGGUCAAAACCUGAUCAUUCAGUUUGUCUUGGCUGCCACCUGUCAAGGAAUCCAUGAGACCCAGAGAGCCACAGUGAACUGGAAUGCCACCCAGAAGACAGUUUAUUUGAGAAAAGGUGUCAUGGACAGCAUGGGGGAUGCCUAUGGAUACUUCAGUGACAGCUUGUCCAUCACUGGUUGGAGUGUGUUAGAAAUAAGAGCUGGGCACGGAAAGAGCCGCCUUCCUGAUGAGGUCACUUUUUUCUUGGCUGGAUACCUGGAAGGUUACCUCACUGCACAGCAGAUGUUCAAUCACUACGUCAACAUGUACCCUCAGCUGAUAAAGGAAAAGCGAAUCCUGACACCCUUGAGAAAUUUUAUGAGAGAGCAGGACGCAUGGACUAGAGAACAAGUGAAGCUGAACAAAAACGACCCCUUGUGGCAGCAAGCAGGACUGGUUGCUGCCCAGAUGGACGGGCUUCAAGCGGGAGCAGCGGACUGGGCUAAGAGCCAGCAAAGAGAGCCGCUGUCGAUAUUUGCCAUACAGUUCCUCAAUGCAAUUGGGGACCUCCUGGACUUGAUACCAACCCUGAGAUCCCGCAUAUUCAACCUCUCUGACUUACUCAGCAAACCAACCAUGGGUCACUGUUCAGUUCUCAUCAAGAUGUUGCCAGGCUAUGAAAACCUCUUAUUUGCCCACUCAAGCUGGUACACAUACGCUGCUUCCAUGCGCAUCUACAAGCACUGGGACUUUUGGCUGUCCAGUGCAGCCAUAGCUACAGGCAAGAUGUCCUUCAGCAGCUACCCUGGCCUUCUGACGUCGCUCGAUGACUUUUACCUGCUGGGCAGCGGGCUGCUCAUGACCCAGACCACAAACAGCGUCUUCAACUCCUCCCUCUUCUCCUCGGUGACGCCACACAGCUUGCUGGCCUGGCAGAGGGUGCGCUUGGCAAAUGCCAUGGCAUGGACCGGUGAACAAUGGGCUAAUAUUUUCUCAAAGUAUAACUCUGGAACCUACAAUAACCAGUACAUGGUGGUAGACCUGAACAAAGUGACUUUGGGCAGGAAGAUUGAAGAAGGGGCACUGACUGUGGUCGAGCAGAUCCCUGGUCUGGUGGUGUCCUCGGAUCAGACCCAGGCUCUGCGACAAGGAUACUGGGCUUCCUACAAUGUCCCUUUUCACCCGGAGAUCUACAACUUGAGUGGCUAUGGAUUGAUGUGGAGCCAGCUGGGGGAGGACUACUCCUAUGACCUCUGUCCAAGGGCCAAGAUCUUCCGCAGGGACCAGGGCAGAGUCCUCAGCUGGGCCUCCAUGAAACACAUCAUGCGAUACAAUAACUACAAAAGAGAUCCGUAUGCCAAGGGGCACCCCUGCAAAACCAUCUGCUGUCGCAAUGAUUUAAGGAUUAGGAGACCACGUCCUGCAGGCUGUUAUGACACCAAGGUGACUGACUACCACCAGGCUCAGAACUUUGUGACUGAAGCUGUAAGUGGACCCACCACUCAGGGGGGACUCCCUCCCUUCUCCUGGGCAAGGUUCAACCGCACCUCCCACGUGGGGCUUCCACAGACAUAUAACUUCACCUUUGUCACCAUGCAGCCUAUUCUGUUCAUGCCCUGAGUUGGUCUCCCAAACAGGUCUCCCACUCCCAAUGGUUCAUCUAGUGGAACGCAAAGACAAUGCACUGAACACUCAUGGCUAGUUUGUCAUAACUGGACUUCACUUUAAUCUAGUCAACUGAAGCGACCCAAAAAUGAAGAUGCACUGCAGGUAGUCACUGGGCCAAUGAAAAAGGAUCAAUAUUUGCCCCUUAAAUGAUAGUUCUGGUAUUAACAAGAUAGCACAACAAUGUAGUUUUGUUUAAGUUCCUAACUAGGUUAUGUCAUUAUGGCAAGUAGUUUUGCACUGCACACGUUAUAAAUGACAAAAAGUCAGGUUUUUGUUUUUGCUGAAUUUUACAUUGUUUUGGGGUAAAUCAGGGAUUAUCCACCAUAUGCUCUGCAAGAUCCACCAGUAUGAAGAUGCCUGCUGUGCAAAUGGAUUAGGUUCACUCUGAUGUUUUAAUAACCUGUUUAGUGCAGAUAUUUUGUCCCUCUGAGUUCGCAGUGUUUGAGACUAAUUCAUGUAUUGUUUUGGCAUUAAUUAAAGCCCAGUUCUGUUAAUAUUGUGUAAUAUUGUCCUAAAGCUACUAUAGGGUACCAAAUAAUGAGGCGAUCACACUGGCAGCCUUAAUCUUGCAAUAAUUGUUUACAUGCAACAGUAUGACAUGCAAUAUCACAACACGGUAUUAAAGAGGUGAUUUAUUC